CAAAACUUUGCAUCGACUCCAGCAGCGGACGGGCGGGAGGAGCUCAUCCCACCUCUGUCUGCAGGGCGACUCUCUCCUACACAUGAUCCGUUCCCGCAGGCUGCGGGUUUUGAGUCUCCGGCUGGUCUUUUAGCUUCGUCUCCUCCACCUGUCUGCCAAGUUCCGGUGCUGAUGGGUGCGGCUCGGACCGAUGCCCACAUCGCUGCCUUGACUUGCUGCGAAAAGUUGAGCGAAACGGCACAAUAGGAGCGACGGCUUUGGGGAAUCCCACCGCGGAGCGUCAUUUGAACGCAUCACUCUCCCCUGCGGACGGAUAACUUCUGUCCAUCUUGUUGGGAUCAAACUUCAGGUCGUCUUUCAAAAGAUCAGCUGUUCAUCAUCAUCUCAGCAGAUAAGAUGGUAUGGACCAGUUAACAAGAGAGAUGGACUUCUCACAAACCUUCUCAGAGCAAAAGGUUGUGACGGAGACGAGAACAUCGUCUUCAGGAAGACUGGCUUCUCUACCGCCGAAGGGAACUGCCGGAUCAAAUCACAGGAAUAUGUCCAGUGGUGCUGGAGGGCUGGGCCAGGAGAAGAAUGUCUUAACCCAGAGCAGCGGUGGAACUUACUUCUCCUCAUCUUCUGUAGGUGUGAACACCAGCAGCUACAGCUCCUCCUCUGGCGUUUAUCUUGGCGGGGACUCGUCAGGAGGGGGCGAUGGCGGGGGCAGCUACUUGGAUGCAGAGGGGUAUGGAAGUGGAAGUGGAGGUGGCGGCAGCAGCGGCUAUAUCGCGAGCUCGGUGACCAAGGUCAAGUCCAGCUCUUCGGGCGGCGCCCGGCGAACUCAGGCCGCCAGCUCAUCGGGUGGCCUGUCGCCUGGAUUCCGUGACAGGAAGCAGAUAUCCAGCCGCUCCGGAGGCUACGAUGGGAGUUCCAGCGCCAAUUCCUCCCCAGAAUUCUCACGCAAAGAUUACGGAAACUAUUGCUCCAGCAGCACCAGAGGGCGGAGCGAGAGCAGAGACAGUGAGAUCCGAGUGCGGCUGCAAAGUGCCUCCCCUUCAGCUUCCAGAUGGGCCGAGCUGGAAGAUGUGAAGAAGCUUCUGAAAGGACGAUCCAGCAGCGUCAGUCCGACUCGCUCUUCCGCUUCUAUCUCGCUGCCUGUGCCAAAGAAGUCCAGCGUGGAACCCAAAACCAUCUCCGUGGGCACUCAGUCAGUGACGUCGUCGUUUGACAAUGGAACCAGAUCUGCCGGGUUCAACACCAUCGACUCGUACGGCGUCUAUGAUAACACCGUGGGCCCUGCGCAGUUUGACAGCGGCAGCAAAAGCACCCAGUAUGAUGUCACCAUUACAUCAGUACAGCACGGCGUCAAGCCGGUCCAGUAUGGCGGCAGCCUGAAAGCCGGGCAGUACAGUACCGGAGUGAGCUCCGGCCAGUUUGACAGUGGAGUCAGGUCUGGACAGUACAGCGCCAGUUUGGGAUCCAGCCACUAUGAUAUUGGGGCCAGGUCCGCACAGUUCGGCACUGCUUUGGGUUCGAGUCAGUAUGAUGUCAAAUCCAGCCAGUAUGACACUGGGGUGAAGUCAGGCCAGUAUGGCGGCAGUCUGAAGAUAGGGCAGUACAGCACUGGGGUGGGUUCUGGAGUCCAAGCUGCCAGUCUCAGGUCGGUCCAGGUGGAUUCCUCCUCGCACGACGUUCUGCUUCCGAACUUCUCAUGGUCCACGCUGCCGUCCAACUCAAACACCGUUGUGGCCGGCAACGCCAGCAGCAGCUACGCGUACCAGAGCGGCACCAACAACAUGGGGACUUCACCGGUUCUCAGCCCGGCCUCGCCGCCCUCCCUGUCAGUUUACGGCUUUCAGAACAAUCUGGCGCCUGCCUCCGUCCCGCUGCUGGGCAGCAGUGGUGCGAACGCCCAGGCGGGAGGUUAUGGAGUUCAGAAAAACACAUCCAGCGCGGUUGGAGUCACCGGCUCUGCAGUUUCUACAGCCACGAGAUCUCAAGCAGACGAUGGGUACAAGAAAGACUACGUGUAUGUGAGCUCGGACAAGGAGAACGUGUCGACCAGAAGGGAGGGAGAUGGCUUCACCUUAGCCAAAGACAGCGGCAAGCAGUUCAGCGGCAGCGCUCAACUGGGAGCAGGCUCAGUUUCUGGGGACUCCAUAAAGAAGGAGAAGCUGAUUUCAGCCUACAGCGAGGCGUCGCAGCUGAAGACUGGAGGCGGCUACUAUGGAUCCUCGGGAGUCCUGAUGAAAGACAAAGCCACCUAUGCGGAGAUCCGCAGGGACAGCGGAUUGUUUGGUGGAGGCGGGUUUUGCUGCUGCUCGGAUGCGUGUUGCUCCUGGUGGAAGUGGCUGCUGGGUCUCCUGCUCCUGGGCUUGCUGCUGCUCGGACUCUUGUUCGGUCUCAUAGCGCUGGCUGAGGAUGUGAGGAGGCUGAAGAGUCGAGUGGCCUCUCUGGAGUCCCAGUCGUCCGUCUUCUCUGCUCGCACAGGUCAAUAUUCAGGGGCCGACAACAACAUCUACAUGGACGGUAAAGGAAACAGCCGCACCGAUAUCAACCUGUUCACUGGUGGUGGAGCCACUGGUGCUGGAGCUGGAACAGGAGUUAUCGUCGCUGGCGGUGGAGGCACGGGUUCAAGUGGUGGAGCAGGGACAGGAUUUGUCACUAGCGGUGGUGGCUCAGACUCUGGUGCUGGAACAGGAGUCUUCAUAGCUGGUGGUGGCGGCUCUUCUGGAACCAACAUCGACGUCAUCGCUGGAACAGGAGCCGGAGGUGCCACAGAUGUGGGUGUCGGGGUCGCUGCCGGUGGUGGAGGCAGCACCGGUGCAGGUUCCAGUGGGACCAGCAGCAGCAGCGGCAGUCGGACCAGCAGCUCCGGGAGCACCAGCUUCAGCGGCAGUGCUGGUACUAGUGUCAGUGAAGGUGUCAGUACUGGUGCAAGUGGGGGAGCAAGCUCUGGUGAUACCAUCUUCAUCGGUGUCAACGGUCAAGGGGCGCAUGGAAGAGGAGGAUACGUAAACGUGGCAGAUCUCCGAUUAUUCCUCCACCAGAUGUUGAGGUCUGAAAUGCAAUCGCAGGCAUUCCGAGCCUUCCUUGCAUCAGAGAGAGGACUGCCCGGACCAAAAGGUGACACCGGACACCCAGGAGUUCCAGGCCCACCUGGUCCAAUCGGCCACGAAGGUCCUGAGGGUCAGAAAGGUCAAAAGGGCAGCCAAGGCGAACAUGGACGGGAGGGACCCCCUGGUUUACGGGGUCGUGAGGGUGCCCCUGGUCCUCGAGGUGACCCUGGACCCUCGGGUAUUGGAAUCAAAGGAGACAGAGGACCUCAAGGAGAUGUUGGACCACAAGGUUCAGUUGGGCCAGUUGGUCUCGCAGGUCAAAAAGGUGAACCUGGAGUUGCUGGAGUCUCCGGAGCACCAGGUCAGCCCGGGUCUCAGGGCUUCCGUGGUGAAGCAGGAGCACCGGGUCAGAAAGGUGACAGAGGCUUGGCUGGAGUCCAGGGAAUUAAGGGUGAACCGGGUGAUAAAGGACUCAGAGGAGUCCCAGGUGAUAUUGGGUUACCUGGUGCUGCUGGAGAGAAAGGAUCUAAAGGGUCUACAGGUGAACAAGGGUCCCCUGGAAUUCGAGGGCCGCCCGGCACUCCUGGAGACGCUGGGAUCCCAGGAAAACCAGGCCUUCAAGGACCACCAGGGAUCCCCGGAAACCCUGGGCAGCCUGGGGCUAAAGGCGACAUGGGUCAAGCUGGUCGGAUCAUCAAUGCAGCUGGUGCCUCUACUGUGGGCAUCCCGGGACCCCCGGGGCCCUCUGGACCCCCUGGUCCUGCAGGACCGCCGGGACUAUCAGGCCCCAUCGGCCCCGCAGGUCACCCAGGCCAGCCAGGUGCCAAAGGUGACCGGGGCGACGCAGGAAUAUCAAGUUCCGAGAGAUUCAGCUCCACCAGCGCACACAACCAAUAUAGUUCGUCUGGGGUCGGAAUACCAGGCCCACCUGGACCGCCUGGCCCUCCUGGACGCCCAGGGGAUUCCAGACAAGGACCGCCUGGACCACCAGGACCUCCGGGUCAGACAGGUUACGGACGUCCAGGACCCAAAGGAGAGAAGGGAGACUCCGGUUUCACGUCAAGCUCUGGCACCAUCUACACUGGACCUCCUGGACCCCCGGGACCUCCGGGACAGAAGGGGGCUACAGGUUCUCCUGGACCCAGAGGUUACCAAGGUGAGCCAGGUGUGCCCGGGACACCAGGACGAUCCACAGGCGCUGUUUCAACAUACUCGGGUGCUCAGGGACCUCCAGGACCCCCGGGACCUCCUGGACCUCAAGGAAUCAAAGGAGAUCCUGGGAUUCCUGGCUCCACUCGAGUCACCUCAGGUCCCCCUGGUCCCGCGGGACCUCCUGGAGUUCCAGGUCCACCAGGUUCCUUCUCCUCCUCCACUGAGAUGCGGCAGUACAUCAGCGACUAUAUCAGUCGAAGCAGGCAGGGCUUACCUGGCCCUCCAGGACCACCUGGCCCUCCUGGAAUCCCAGGAAGCUACUCGGGCUCCAUCGAGGACAUCUCUGUUCGGGUUGUCGCGUACCUGCAGCGCUCAGGUUCAAGCCUGAACAUUGGCAUCCAGGGACCCCCAGGACCGCCCGGCCCUCCUGGUUCUGGAUCCUUGACCAUCACCGCCCUCAUCACCAUGCUGCAGAGAGAUGACGUGAGGCGAUAUCUGACCGGACCACCGGGGCCGCCCGGGCCUCCCGGGGCAUCAGGAGGGAUAUCGGCAACGUACAGUGUGGAGGAAGUGGCCACCUAUGUCUUUAAGAUCAUGAGCGACCGGGGAAUCGCUCGAGGUCCACCUGGUCCACCCGGCCUCCCUGGACCGGCCGGUUCUGGCGGCGCUGGACAUGCUACGGCUGUGAUCGACUACACUCUGCUGAUAAGAAACCCAGAGUUCCGGGCCUGGAUGACAUCUGCUGUGCAACAAGGCCACCAGGGUCCUCCAGGUGUUCCAGGGCAACCAGGACCGCCUGGACCUCCAGGGCCACCCGGAGCUUCUACAGCGACAGUGAUUGGUUCAGGAGGUCGUGGCUACAGCUUGGAGGAGGUCCAACGUUACCUGCAGAGUUCUAGCUUCAGAGGCCUGCCGGGACCUCCUGGCCCCCCUGGACCUCAGGGACCACCCGGCGGUUACGGUGGGACGAUCACUUACAGCGGUGGCUCUCGUGACGCCAUCCGAGCGGAACUCCACAGCUACCUGAGCAGCGACAGUGUUCGGCGAGUCCUCACUGGACCCCCCGGACCGCAAGGACCUCGAGGCCAGAAAGGAGAGCCAGGAGAAUCGAGCGUCAUCCAGACCUACUCUCAGAGCCGGAGCUACUCUCAGGGCGACUCUCGCUCCAGCUCUCAGCGGCAGCAGAUCGAUGUAGGCAACCUCUCUGAGACCCUGGACUUCUCCAGUGUGGCCCUGAAGGUCACAGACUACAUCAAGAACCAAGGGCUCCUGCAGGAAUACCUGAUCGAGGGUCCAUGGCGGGAUAACGUUCGGGCAAUCCAAGGUCCAGCUGGCCCACCAGGACCUCCUGGCCCGCCAGGCUACAGCCGAGUCAUCGGAUCCUAUGGCAACGUGACGGCCGACCUCAUGGAGUUCUUUAAACUCCACGGGACGAUUGUUGGUCCUCCUGGAAUACCGGGACAAAAAGGAGACAGGGGAUACCCAGGACCCAGAGGAGAGAAAGGUGAUCCAGGAAGUCCAGGGCUACCAGGACUCCCCGGGUCGUACACCAUUCAAAUACCCCAGCGAGUGCAGAAGAGAGACACAGCAAGAAGAAGUCUUCGGCAUCAGCAGAACCAAAACAGUGGCGGCUAGAGAGCACAAAAACAGCUCAUUUGUAUUAAAACGUGUCGUGUAGAGCAUCUGUCUUUUCUAAACCAGCUUUGUUAGACUUCUUUUUAGCUGCUGGUCAGUUCAAGACCGACUUUUAACUUCGUCUGCUCGCGUGAAACUCUGCUUCCAGACGCUUUUAAUCGCCAACAAAGAGACCGUUUGUACACAGAUAUGUUUGUUUUUUAAAGAGAUUUUAAAUGUUCUUGUACACGUCUGGUGUAUUUUUUUAAUAUUGUUGUGUUACAAGAAUGAAGCUAUGAAUGUUUUCACGUCCAAAGUCCAAACUAUUAAUGCCUUCAACACUGCAAACCUUGGUUCAUGUCACGUAGUUUGUGCUGUGGAGGAAAAUUCAAAAAGAUAAUCCACUAUUUUGCUUGAAAGUGCACUUAAGUGUUUGUGUGUUUGUGCACCUCAGAUGUUGGAGGUGGAGGAAGUGUGUCUCGAUUCAUGUCAAUGAUCAAACUUUUUGAAGAAAUAAAUCUAUUU